GAACUUCAACUCCCAGCAUGCAAAGCGACGCGCAGGCGCCGUUGAAGCGUGCGAGCUGUGGGGGUGGCCAGCUCCAGAGCUGAGAUUGGAGGAAAAACUGAGAGGGAGAAAAUUCCGUUGUUCGGCCCGGCUUGUCUGGAAUGACGCCUCCGUGGGGUAUGAACAGAUGCAGCACAGACAGCCGCCGGUUUGAAGAGCAAGGCGUUCCUUUCCCAUCUUUCAAAUCUGUACCUAUUUCUGCCUUGAAGCAGAAUGGGCUCCUGCAGUCUUUGUCCACAGCGGCCAAUGGGUGCAGAGAAGUGGAUAUUACUGAAGAAGUACGGCGAGCCCGAGAAGAAUGGGAGGCUGUGGAAAAUGUCCAUCCAGGAGGGAUUUUGGAGAAGCCUCCUGGGCCCGUGCCCUUAAUCCCAUUCAACGAAGCCCUGCAGCAUUUUCAAACGGCAGAUCUCUCUGACUGCUGGAAAAAGAUUCAGCCAACAGUGCCGCGAAGAGGAUUGGCAGCUGUUGCCCACUUCCUUUUCGGCCCUCCCCGUCUCCAUCAACAGCUGCAAAGUGAGAGGGACCUAGCCCUGGCAAUUGCUCAGUGUGGCUUGGAUAAUAAUGAAAAAGUGCACAUGAGAAUUCUGCAAACAAUCUACAAGAAAUUAACAGGAUCCCGAUUUGAUUGUGCCCGCUAUGGAUCUCAUUGGGAAGAUUUGGGGUUUCAAGGGACAGAUCCUGGCACAGAUCUGCGUGGGACUGGAUUGCUGGGACUGAUGCAAACGCUGUAUUUUGUGAUGGAUUCUCGGAUAUUGCCUCUAGCGCGAGAGAUUUUCAAGAUGUCCCAUCACGAAACACAGAAUUUCCCUUUCUGCGUGAUGUCAAUCAAUGUUACUCGUAUUGUGAUCCAGGUACUGAGGGAAGAACGUCUUUCUAGAGAGUGUAAUCGGAGGCAGCAGGUCAUUGCAGUGCUAAAUGAUUUGUACGUGGCUAUAUUUUUGCGCCUCUACAACGUCUGGAAGACACAGCAGAAGACCAUUUCCGACUCUGGUUUUGUUCUAAAAGAACUGGAGGCAUUUGCCAAAAGGAACCCCAAGCAACUGCUCAGACACUUGGAGACAUACCUGAAUGGGGGCACCAUGUUGGAAGACGGCUUUCAGGCCCACCCUCUCUCAUCCGAGGUUUUUGGUCUCAACGUAAGCUCUGUUAGUAAUGAUAAAGAGGCCAGUUUUACCGGAGUGGGUGACCUGCCGAUUGAGAUGGAGCAAGAGAGCUGAUCUGAGUUCAGGAAGAUGGGAAAGUCCUUUGUACAUGAUUAAUCAACAGCGCUGGUUGGUAUGGUCUCCUAAGGGCUUCCUUGGCUGCUGCAAGAGGGCACGCAGGAGUCUGAAGGGCUGGAGUUCUUGACCUGCUGCUCCUCAAGUAGACCGCAGGGCUUCAGCGUGGGUCGGAGCCGCUAAGCGAGGUAUAGCGAGAGCCCCGGGGGUGGAGUCUGGGAUCAAGAGCAAAUUUUCAUUCUGGAAUGCCAAUCCAGGCAGGAUCCAAUUAAACCCCAGUUUUGUAGCGCUCAGUUGCCAAGAUGUCCCAUUUUGAAAUGGGAAUGUGAAUUUGAAAUUAAAGAAAAAAAAAUCUCGUACCCUGAAAAUAAACUGUUCUUCCAGUUCCCGACGUUGAGCAGCACAUCAGUUUGUUAGGCGCUUAAACAACAAAAACCCCCCAAAAUCUGUGCUUUGCAUUUUGGAACUUGAGCUUAAAGUGAACCUUGAACUGCGUAUCACAUGCUAAUCACGGGGGCUGGGGGCUUUUAUUUUCCCCCUCCCCAGCUAGGAUUUCAUCUGGAACUACAUGAGUUGUUGAACCAUUUUAUUCUAUCCCUUUAAACACGUAGAUUCUCCAUUGGUGUGUGCCUGGUGACAUAUUUUUGUUCCAUGAGAUUAAGAGGUACUGCUAUGUAUGUGUGCCAGCCCAACCCAUGUGCUGUUAAGGGUGGUAACGGGCAACCAGCAAUGACACAAAUAGCUGCUUCAACGUUUACCAUGUGGCAGCCGGAACUACAGGGCAAGGUCUACAGCUCCAAGCCACAUGGUAGACCAUGUAUUGUGACACUCCUGGCUUCCUUGAAUUAUGAGUGGGGGCGGGGAGGUAAUACUGGGCUCUCUACUGUGUGAUUGAAGCCUUUGGAUGAGUGUGUUGUUUUGUGCAAUUAUAGCUACCAUGGCACAGCUUUUGCCGUGUGGUUCCCAGAGACAUUUCCACCCCAAGGCAUUGAGACACACUGGUUGGUGCACUUACCUGUAUAUGUGAAGUGGUAGCCCUGGCUGACAACAGGGCUUUCUAUUAAACCAAUUACAGUCUUCAACCCUC